ACGUUUAGCAACCUUUCUUGAGCAAAGAAGAUUGGUUAUAAAAGACCAUCCAUUAUCAUGAUACUGAGUGACACUUGUAAUAUUGCGAGGGAGCAUAAGAGAGCAAAAAUGAGCUUUAACACGAAUUUGUUGAAUAUACUAAUAAUCCUUUACGUAUGUCUCAACUGGGGUUGCAGCGAGGGAGCUCGAGAAAAACAGAAGAGAGAGCUUGAUUUUCAUACCAUCCGACUCAGCUCUCUCUUCCCUUCAUCAUCAGCACCUCGUGUUCUUUCUACAAGAGCUUCCAAUACGAAGUCCUCGCUGCACGUGACGCACAGACACGGCACGUGCUCGCGUUUAACCAAUGGCAAAGCCACGAGUCCUCCAGACCAUGCCGAGAUCCUCAAACUCGACCAAGCGCGCGUUAACACGAUCCACUCGAAACUGUCGAAGAAGCUCCCAGAUCUUAUCAGGCAAAGCACGUCAACGGAUCUACCAGCUGAAGACGGAAGCGCCUACGGAUCAGCAAACUACGUUGUGACCGUCGGAAUCGGAACACCGGAACACGAUCAGUCUCUGAUGUUCGACACAGGAAGCGAUCUGACGUGGAUUCAAUGCGAGCCAUGUGUUGUAAGUUGCUAUUACCAAGAGGAACCAAUCUUUAACCCGUCUUCGUCAUCUUCAUACCGCAACGUCUCUUGCCAAUCGGCGGAGUGUAGUUCUCUCUCUUCUGCUACAGGUCGCGCUGGAAUAUGCACGGGUUCGAGCCCGCGUUCAAAAUGCAUCUACAUUAUUCAAUACGGCGAUUCAUCGUACUCCGCUGGAUUGCUCGCUAAGGAAAAGUUUACCCUAACGAGUUCAAACGUAUUCGACGGUGUUAAUUUCGGCUGCGGCGGGAACAACCAAGGGACAUUCCUCGGAGUCGCCGGACUUCUCGGCCUCGGCCGCGGCGAGCUCUCUUUUCCGUCGCAGACGGCGGCGGCCUACAACAAGAUCUUCUCCUACUGCCUCCCAUCUUCAUCCAGCUACACCGGACACCUCACCUUCGGAUCCGCCGGAAUCUCCAGCUCCGUUAAAUUCACUCCGAUGUCCACGAUCAAAAACAGUCCAUCCUUCUACGGUCUCGACAUGAUCGGAAUCUCCGUCGGCGGUCAGAAACUGGAGAUUCCUCCGACGGUGUUCUCUACUCCGGGAGCUCUGAUCGAUUCCGGAACCGUCGUUUCUCGUCUCCCGCCGAAAGCCUACGCGGCGCUGCGAAGCGCGUUUAAGGCGGAGAUGUCGCAGUAUCCGACCGCGGCGGGCUUCUUGAUCUUGGACACGUGCUUUGAUUUCACCGGGUUUGAGACGGUGACGCUCCCGAGGGUGUCGUUUACCUUCAGCGGUAGCGUCGUCGUGGACCUUGAGCCGACAGGGAUAUUAUACUCGCCUACCACGUCGUAUUAUUGUUUGGCGUUUGCAGGGAAUGACGAUGACGGUAAAGCUGCCAUCUUCGGGAGCGCUCAGCAGCAAACGUUGGAAGUUGUGUACGACGGUGUGGGUGGGCGGGUCGGGUUUGCUCCAAAUGGUUGUAACUGACAGGUGGGUAUAUUUUUAUUUACGGAUUUGGCGCCAAAUUUGUUUUAUUAAUCAAGUGUGUAAUUUGUGUGAGAAAGUCCACGUAAUGGUCUUUUCAAAAAAAAAAAAAGUCCACGUAAUGGUCUUUGAAGUGUAAAAUGUUAGUUUAUUUGACUAAUGAGCUGUUCGUUUGGUUGCCGCAGGUACCGCCGGCGGCGGCAGCGGCAGCGCCAAUAUUUUGUGUCAACUCUUGUUCGUUUCGUUGACGCAGGAAGCUGCGUCUGACGCCGCGUCCGAACACCGCGUCCUGCGGCUGACGCCGAUAAAACCUGCGGUCGUGAUAUAAUAUGUGGCAGCUUCAGCGGUAGCGUCUGCGUCUGCGAAACGAACAACAACUGUCUUCAUUGACGCUGCCGCCGCCGCUGCCGCUGACGCUGAAACCUGCGGCAACCAAACGAACAUGGUUUAAGUCUUUUGUUGUUUGAACAAGGCUCCUAGUUUGGAGUAGUAGCUGUUGAAACACUCCACUCUGUUUCAGUUGUAUUGCAAUGGCUAUUUAAAAACCUGAAUAAUAAGAACAAAGGUAAGGUUUU